AUGAACACCAUAACACGUGAUGCGCGGGAGCGUCUGGCCCGCGAGCACAUUGAGAAGGCGCGAUCGCUCAAGAAUGAAACCACGGAACAGAUGGAAGAGGUGAUGCGGCACCUGACGUUGUCCAUCACGUACAACCCGCUCUUCGUCAACGCCCUGCUGCUGCGUGCCCACCAGGCGGUGCGCCUCACCCGCUACGACGUGGCCGUCGCGGACCUCUCGAUUGUAAUUCAGCUCGAGGAAAACGGCUUCGAUCGCCGCCGCCUCGCCGGGGCGUACGGCACCCGCGGAAACGUGUACCGCAAGAUGAACAAAGUUGCAGAUAGCAUCGUCGACCUCUCACGCGCCGUAGAGGUGGAGCCGGACAACGGCACCUGGCUCUAUGAGUUGGGCCUCGCGUACUCCAUGCAGGGCAGCAGGGCACUAGCGCAGCACUUCUUUGCGAGUGCACUAGUCGAUAAAGUUGCCGGCCGCAUGACGGACAUUGUGCGCUUCCGCGCGCUUUCAUGUCUCGGCACGUGCAAGCUGAACGCGGGAGACAUCAACGGCGCCGUGACGGUGCUGAACAAAGGCCUUGAGAUACAGGAGACGGCGUCGCUGCACAACUUGCUUGGAAUCACGUACUUUACACGCGAGGAGUACAAGGUAGCGUUGCAGCACUUCCAGCGGUCGCUGGAGCUUGACUGUCUAUGUAGCGAGUAUCACAUCAACCUCGGCGCUUGCCUCUUCCAGUUGGGUCUCAUGUCGGAGGCGCUGAAACAGUUUGAGGACGCCGUGCUGAAAGGCACCAGACAGGCGCUGCACCACUUCUUCCGUGGCAACACGGCGCUUGUGCUCGGUAUGCACCCACAGGCCCUUAUAGAUGUGGACGAGGCGAUUGCGCUGGACCCCGCGCGGGAGGCACAUCACUACGCCAAGGCGCUAGCUUUCAUUGCGGAGGGAAGGCACGAUGAGGCACAAGCCGAACUCAACACCACAGUGGAGCUGAAUCCUGCCUUCCACAAGGCGUGGGUGCACGCUGGCCUGCUUAACUUCCUGAAGGGUGAGCUAUUUGCCGCACUCAACUGCUUUGCGCAGGCGCUGGAGCUCAAGGAAGCGGACCAUCUUGUGCAUGAAUCCAUUGGCCUCGUGUACUACAGCCUCACCUAUUACGACCUCGCGGUAGCCUCCUUCACGCGGUGCAUCGCCCUCCGCCCCGAGGAGGCAUCGUUCUACUUCCGCCGUGGCGCGGCGCGACUUGUGCAGGGUGAUAUCCACGGCGCCUACCUCGAUCUGCACGAAGCAGUGCACGAGCGCAAAUUCCGUGAGCCGCAGGUGCUGCAUUGCCUUUCUGUCACCCUUGGCCAACUAGGUAGAGACGCGGAGGCUCUGGAAUUCUCCAAUGAGGCAGUUCUGCUUAAUCCCAAGAAUUGCCGAUAUCUGCUUCAGCGGGCGGAGUGCUACUACGCAGUUGGGAACUAUGCACAAGCUGUUGAAGACGCCUCGACAAUUGUCCUCCUUGGAAGCAAAUGUGCGGAGGUGUACUACCUGCGGGCACGUUCGUACUACGCACUGCGCCGUUUUAAAGAGGCACCUGAGGAUCUUUUGCAGGCAGCUUCCCUGCAGCCGUUGCUGCGCGACAGCGCUGACUAUUGCUACGCCCUCGGGGUCGCGUACCUGCACGCGGGGACGAACCAGCAUGAGGCAGAGGCCGUGUUCACGAAGGCGAUCCAACUCCACCCCAAGCCACCGGCGUGUUUCUUUGAUGAUCGCGCCACGGUGCGGGAGCAGCUUGGUGACACUUUAGGGGAGCUGUCGGACCUCGACGCGGUGCUGAAGAACGAUCCCAACGACCCCAAUGCCCUGCUGCGCCGCUCCUUGGCCCACAAGGCGCUUCACCGGUAUGAGGCGGCGGCGAGGGACUUUGAGAAGGCGAAGUCGCUUGACGUUGUCGGAGACGUGCUGGCAGGAGUGCCGUACGAGAAGCUUUUUGACAUCGACCACGUUGCAUGGGGUGUGGAGGAGUGA